AUGAAUAAAAAGAAAAGACAACAAGAUACUAUGUUAAAUAAUGGCGUUGAUGAUGAUGGUAAAGUUAAAAAAUUACGAGGGACUUUAUUGACAACAAAUAAUCCGGAUAUAAGAAUUUUUGAAGAUAUUUCCAAUGAACUUCUCAAAGAAGUUUUUGAAUAUUUUGAUGGUUAUGAAAUUUAUUAUAGUUUUUUCAAUCUCAACAAACGAUUUCAAAAUUUAUUAACAAGUUCAACUCUUCUAAUUAAAAUACAUACGUCAUUCAUAUCCAAACCAAUAUUUCAAAAGUAUUAUACUCAUUUCAUCGAACCAUAUAAACAUCGAAUUAAAUCACUUCAUUUAUCAAAUCCAUGUACUAUUCAUCUCUUCUCAAAUAUUUCACAAUAUUCUCAACUCGAAAACCUUCUUCUUGAGAAUACAGAAUCACAAUAUUUAGAAAAUAUUCUUCUUCAUAUAACUUCUUUACCAAAUCUUUCUUCAUUAGUCAUUCAUAUUAAUGAUAAUUCAAAUCAAAUUCAAAUCUAUAAUCAAAUAUUUCUUUUACCAACAUUAAAAUAUUGUAAAAUAUCCUUCGACAAAAAUAUGCAAUUAAAACAAUUACCUAUUUCUACUAAUAUUUCAAGUUCUAUUGAACAUCUUGUCAUUAUUGGUAAAUGUUAUCUUACUGAACUUCAUAAUUUUCUAUCAUAUCUUCCUCAUCUUUACCGUUUAUCUGUCAAAUAUAUAAAUGCAGUUUACAAUCAAAUUAUAGAAAAUUAUUCAUUUAUUUCAAAUAAAUUAACUUUCGUUUCUCUCAAAUUAGAUACUGUUAAAUUUGCUAAUUUUGAAGAAUUUGUUAAAAAUCAUUUUAAUCAAGUAAAACAAUGUUAUAUUUCAACAACUCGUGAUAUGACUUAUUUAGAAGCGAAUAAAUGGGAACAAUUAAUUAUAUUGUAUAUGCCAUAUUUACAAAUCUUUAAUUUACAACAUACAAUAAAGAAUUUUUGUGAUUAUCCUGAAGAUAUAUUCGAAACUUUAUUUAAUGAUUUUAAUUCUCAAUUUUGGCAAGAACGACAAUGGUUAUUUAGAUAUGAACCGAAUUCUGGAGAGUAUCAACAAGGAAUAUUUCAUUCAAUUCAACCAUAUAGGUAA